UGAAUCCUGGGGGGAGCCGGGCCACUGCCAGCAGUCCAUCUGUGAUGGGAGGAGAGUUUGGAAUGGUUCCUGUCUCCUUCGAUGAGGUAGCUGUCUAUUUCUCAGAGGAAGAAUGGAAAUAUCUGAAGGACUGGCAGAGAGACUUGUACAAGGAGGUCAUGCAGGAGAAUCUGGAGGCUGUCCUGUCACUGAGCUAUCAGUAUCACCAAACCCGUCCUGGGCCCCUGUACAUCCCAGAGGACAGAUGUCUUGUUCAUUAUAUGGGAGACCACUUGGAAAAAGACUGUCCUCUUCUUACUGUUGGUGGGACAGAACUCGGUGGUGGUUUUGAGACGGCACCACAGAAAGAGAGAGAGCAAGGGACACAAGUAUUGGAGAACAGUGUGUUCAUCUGCUCUGAAUGUCCCGUAAAUGGACAUUCUCAGUGUAAUCAUAGAAAGCAGCCAUCUACCAAGAAACUGCACAAAUGCUUUGAAUGUAAGAAGGCUUUUGGCAGCUGGUCCCAUCUGGUGGCUCAUAAGAAAAACCACGAGAGAGAAAAAAAUAAAAAACAAACUCCAAGUGAAGUUAUCAACGAUCAGUCGCUUGUAACUACCCAGAAACCACAUUACCCCAUGGGAAGGGUUUACCAGUGCAAUGACUGUGAAAAAACCUUUAGUAACCACUCUGUCCUGGCAUUGCACCAGCGGACACACACUGGAGAAAGGCUCUUCAAAUGCUUGGAGUGUGGCAAAAGUUUUAUGAAACGAUCACAGCUGAUUGUGCACAAGAAAUGUCACAUAGAAGAAAGACCGUUCAACUGCACAUUGUGUGAGAAGGGUUACAACCAGCAAUCCAAACUAAUCGAGCACCAAAGAAUUCACACAGGAGAGAAGCCAUUUAAAUGCACCGAGUGCUCAAAAAGCUUUUCCAAGAGAUCUCACCUGACUGAGCAUCUGAGGAUCCACACUGGAGAAAAACCACACAAGUGCAAUCAGUGCGAUAAGACCUUUCACUAUCCAUCAAACCUGGUAGAGCAUCAAAGAACCCACACAGGUGACAGACCUUACCAGUGUACUGAAUGUGAUAAGAGCUUUAUCAAGAUGUCCAAGCUGAUUGUCCACUUGAGGAUCCACACAGGGGAGAAACCCUAUAAAUGUUCCCUGUGCAAUAAGAGCUUCAGCCAGCAGUCCAACUUGGUGGUCCAUCAAAGGACACACACUGGGGAAAGGCCAUUUAAAUGCAAUGACUGUGAGAAGAGCUUUAGUUACCAUUAUGCCCUGGUUGUUCACCAACGGACUCAUACUGGAGAAAAACCAUACAAGUGCUCUCUGUGCGACAAGGCUUUCAGUCAACAAUCUAACCUUAAACUGCAUCAGAAAACGCACGAUAGCAAAACACAACAUGAAAAUACUAUCCAGUAUGAAGCAAACCAUUUUGACUCGCUGAGUGAAAGCCCAUUGAUAGAUACUCCCAAAUGCAAACCUUUGCCAGAGUUGUCACAUGCAGUUGACUUGAUGGAGACCACGAAUGCCGUUGAUGACUGUGAGAAGACCUACAUCCCUUGGUCUCCAUUGAGUGAGUAUCUCGGUGCUCUCCUGCCUGCAGAUAAGCAGCAUAAAUGUCCUGAAUGCGAUAAAUGCUUCCUUGAGAAGUCCAAGCUUGUUGUCCACCAGAGGACUCACACAGGCGAGAGACCCUUCAAAUGCUCCCUGUGUGAAAAUACCUUUAUACAGUGGUCCCACCUAACAGAGCACAGAAAGACACACACUGGAGAUAGACCAUACAUAUGUGGGGAGUGUGGGAAAAGUUUUAUUAAAAUGUCCAAACUCACAGUCCAUCGGAGGACGCACACUGGAGAGAGACCGUACAAAUGUGCAGAGUGCGGGAAGCAAUUCAGUCAGCAAUCCAACCUAGUGGUUCAUCAGAGAAUCCACACUGGGGAAAGGCCAUUCAAAUGUACAGUGUGUGAUAAGACUUUCCGUUAUCAGUCUGCUCUCAUUAAACACCACAGGAAUCACACCUCCCAAAGAGAUUUCACCAGCGUAUUCUGAUAAUCUGCUCUAACAACGCUGGUUAAAUGCUAGCAGACCGUUAAACCACAGCUGCUAGCAGUCUAGCACCGUGAGACUUUUAUUAUAAUAAUUGUAAUUUCACUGUUUGUAUUUAACUUAACAUCCUUUGUAGAAAAAUAAAUUAUAGUGAUGGGGACUGUGUAACUGGUAGAACGAUAUAGCUGUGAUGGGAUCUCCGAAGUUCCAGUCCUGUAAUAUCUAGACCGAGGUGCAUAAUGAACAGAGAGUCCAACACAUGGAAAACUGGAGACUGUCAGAAUGUGACAUGAAUAAACUUCUAAAAACAUUAAAA